AUGUCGCCUGUAUUCGUGUUACUGGGCAUUUUGACCGCGUCGGCCUCAUUAUGCAAUGGGCGGAUUUAUGAGGAUCCAAGUAUCAUUCCUUCUCUGAAUAACUACGACUAUGUUAUUGUCGGAGGUGGACUCACAGGGAGCGUAGUAGCAAGUCGUCUGACAGAAAACAGUAACACGUCAGUUCUGCUACUUGAAGCAGGUGGAUCUCACCAAGGGGCAUAUUACCUGGAAGUACCAGGCCUACAAAGCUUCACGGGACCCGGGACGGUUUAUAACUGGAAUUACACGUCGGUGCCUCAAAUCAAUUUACUGAAUAACACGAUUCCUGCACCUCGAGGACAUGUCCUUGGAGGAUCGAGCUCAAUAAAUGGAAUGUGGUACACUCGCGGGUCGUCAGCAGAUUAUGACCGUUGGGCCAAUAUCACCGGUGAUCAAGGGUGGUUGUGGGACGAGUUACAAAGUUAUUUCGAAAAAAGUGAAAGCUUUGUUUCUCCGGCAGACAAUCAUAAUACUUCUGGCCAGUAUGACCCAAGUUUACACGGAACUCAGGGGCCAUUAAAGGUUACGGUUGGAGGAUACAGUCAAUCGUUGGACCAACUCGUCAUGGGAAGGCUGGAUGAGCAAUUCCCGUUCAUUGAAGACUAUGACAAUGGAAAGCCUCUCGGCUUCGGGUGGACGCAGACAACAAUAGGCAAUGGGACACGGAGUAGCGCUGCAACAGCUUACCUUGAUAAAUAUCUCAAUAGAACAAAUCUCGACAUUGCAUUAAACAGUCUGGUUGCACGAGUUAUUGCCUCGAAUGGGAGUCGUAUCGACACUGUCACCUUCACCAACAAUGGCCUCUUGAUGAAUGCCACAGCACGGGUCGAGGUUCUGCUUGCCGCCGGUGUUUUUAAUGAUCCUCACAUCCUUCUUAAUUCUGGAAUCGGAAAUGCUACGGAGCUUUCCGCCAUGAACAUCCCUGUCGUCAACAACUUACCUAGCGUCGGAAAAAACUUGACUGAACAGCCCGCGAUCUCGAAUUUAUGGAACACUACCAACCCUGUUACUACCGUAGAGGCCGAGGCAGCAUACGAACAAGCCCUCACGCAAUGGAAUAACACACGUACUGGACGUAUGGUUUUAGCCAUCAGCAAUACUGUGGGAUUUACCCGAAUGAACACGUCAGAUCCCGACGUAGAGGCUCUAGUUGAACAAUAUGGCGAACUAGCACCUGGGCCCGCUUCUCCUCAUAUUGAAUUGUUACCUACUGUGAAUGCCUUUGAUGCCGAAGUUAAUUUUGCAAACGCACAGUUCAUAUUGGAUUCUGUCAACCUUGUCCCCUACUCCCGUGGCUCUAUUACCCUCGACCCCAUCAAUCCAUCGGGCCCUCCUUUGAUUGAUUACAGCUUCUACAGUGCACCGCAGGAUAUUCAAGUUAUGCGGCAAGCCGUUCUUAGUGCACUGGCAUUUGUAUCUACUCCUGCCUGGCAAGAGUUCCUCGCCGAGCCAGUAUCUCCACUUCUUGCCGCUGUCGUCAAUGAAUAUCCUAACGUUAGCACAACAACAAUGGAUGCUUAUAUUCGAGCAUCCACCAGCAUAAGUUUCCAUGCUACUGGUAGCUGCUCUAUGUCUCCUGAGGGAGCAGAAUGGGGUGUUGUCGACCCCGAUUUCCAUGUGAAAGGAGUCGUGGGACUGAGGAUUAUCGACGCGUCGAUCAUGCCUUUCGCACCCGCAGGUCAUCCCCAAGCUGCUGCAUAUAUGAUCGCCGAGCGUGUGGCCGAUAUCAUCAAAGCAGAUAAUUCCUAG